AUGGAACCAACAAUAUUAUUACCAAACGAAGAAAGAUCUAAUCAAUUAGUAAAUAUAAUUGUAGUUGGUCCAACAUGGUCUGACAAGGUCAAGAGUACAUUGGCAGCAUUCAUACGAGAUUUAUUAAAUGUUGAACAAAGACAAAAAUUGGAACAACAAAUUAGAUUGGAAAACGAAAAAUACAACCAAAACAAUACUCAAGAAACGAGUAGAGGAGAAUCGAGUGCAGAAUGUUACAACAAAUCGACACUAUUGGAUUUAAAUUUGAAUCAACCCAAAGUACAAGCACUGGUUCAUUGGAAACUUUUAGAAUAUGCAAUCUCUGAAUUGGACUAUUUGGACAUUAUCUUGGAUGAAUGUAAAGAUAGUAUGAAUCAAAUCGAAGGUGGCGAUAAAGAACAUAAUACAAAAGUCCUCAAUAAUAUAAAUAAUAGACUUGAAGAUAUUUCAAUUGUAAUUAAAUUCUUAUCAAAAUCUAAUAAUAUUAAAUCUUCAAUUGAAUAUAAUGAAUUAUUAGCAAGUGUUGAAUCACAUAUUAAAAGAACAAAAAUUAGAGUUAAAAGUCAAUUAAAUCAAGUUAGAAAUAAUGAUGAAUAUUCAAAUGUUUUAAAAUAUGGUUGGAUUGAAAAAAGAUGUGGUACUAAACAAACUUUUAGAACUUGGAAAAAGAUGUAUUUUUUAUUAAAACAAGGAGGAGAAUUACAAUAUUAUAUAAAAGAUAAAAAUCAUAGAAAGAGUGUCAUUCAAUUAAAUGGAGCAGCAUCACCAUCGAUGCAAAAACAAAAAUAUCAAAAUUUGGAAGGAGAAUUGGGUAAAAAGAAACAAGGCAAGGGAUGGAAAGUGAGAUGGAUGCGUCUUACCGAUCAUUCAUUGAUGUAUUUCCAGUCGCACAAGGAACGUAAUCCAUUGGGUAUCAUUAAUUUGGCCGAAUGUAAAGAAUGUUCCAUCUACAAGGAAGACAGUAACAAGUUUGUGGUGGUACUAAACACUGAGAGUUUCUAUUUCAAGACAAACUCACCCGAAGAGUUACAACGUUGGGUAGAGGCUGUACGAACACGUCUAUCUUGUAAUGCUGAACAACAAAACAACAAGAUGGACCUAUCACUCUUUUGUCUCAAAGGUAUUAUCGAUUUGACAAGUGUCUCUCAAAUUGUUGAUUGUCAAAAAUUUGGAAACACUCAACCUCACUCGGUCACCAUUCAAAAUGAGAAAAAGAAUUAUUAUCUAUCGUUUGAUCAAGAACAAACUAAAUUGGAUUGGUAUAAUCUAUUGAUGGAACAAUUUAAAUUGAGUGGUGGUGAAAGUCGUCGUGCAUCAUUUAUUGGUAAUCAUCAACAUCAUCACCAUUCUCCAUUGACCAAGGUUUCAAGUGCUGGAUCAGUUAUUUCAGCCAUUACAGGAGGUCGUGUAACACUAUCACCAUUGUCUGAUCGGUCUGGAACCACUCAACAUUUAUCAGCACCCUCUACCCCUCUAUCUACCCCUGCAUCCCCUUCAUCAUCUGCUACCAAUAUUCAACGUAAAUGGGAAUUUGGUUCAAUUAAACCAACUGGCAAUAGUGGUGGUGGUGGUGGUAGUUCAUCUCCAUCAAAUAGUAGUCAAAAUAUUUCCUAUUAUAAUAAUAAUAAUAAUGAUGAGGGAAAUGAAUUUGCAUCACAAAUAUUUAAAAAGAAUCCAAAUAGUUUCUUAUCAAGAUCAUCUUUAAAACAAAGAAUUCAACAACAAAAAGAACAAGAAAAGGAAAUGGAAAAGGAAAUGGAAAAGGAAAUGGAAAAGGAAAUGGAAAAGGAAAAGGAAGAAGAAGAAGAAGAGUCGGAAACUACUACUACUGCAAAGACCUCUACUACCAUUUCUACCACAUCUACUACAUUACCACCAAAAUUAAAUUUAUUAAUUUCAACAACACUUAGUGAUUCAACAAGUGGAAAAGGAUCAGAUGAUAGUGGUAGUAGUGGUGGAGAAGAAGAUAGUAAUAGUAGUGGUGGAGAAGAUGGUGAAGGAUUAAAUGCAAUGCCAAUGUCAUUGAGAAGCGAGAUUAUGCGUAGAUCAGCCAUCAAUAUGACCAAGACCUUCAAGUUGGAGGUUUCCUUGCCAAUUGACGCACAAGACAAUGAAACGUACACCUUUUUAUUCUCAGACAGUGUGUUGGUCGACCAAGUCAAAUCAUUUAUCUUUAGACGUGUCGCCUCACUCCAUUCUUUACCCAUCCUCGAUUAUCGAUUAGGUCUUGACGAAGACAACAUUUUAGAGAUUGAAUUCUUGAAAUUUAUCUACUCUAAUACUCUUAUCGAAUUGGCAUUAAAGACUUGUGGUAUUGUUCGUUGUGGUAUCUAUCAUUGUCGUAAAGAUCGUCGUACAAAAGAAAAAUUAUAUCCUGAAAAGUUUGGAACUAAAUCACAACCAACAAAUAAUAUUAUUAAUAUCAGCAGUAGCAGUCCUCAACCAACAACAAAUACAACCAUUACAAGAACUACUUUACCAUCUUUAUUACCUUCAUCUUUGGUUAUUAAUAAUGAUGAAUCGAUCACCUCAACCAAUUCACCAACACCUAUUAAUACUACUACUGGAUUUAUAACAAAAUCAACAAGUUUUGAUGGUGCUGAUCAAGUAGAAAAAGAAGAAAAAGAAGAAAAAGUACAAAGAAGAAGGAUCAAUUAUACAGGUAGUUUCAAAGAUUGA